UCUAAAUCUGAGUCUGUAGGAAGCGUUGCCUCGUUCUUGGUUCAUACCUCUUGCUGUCAGAAGAUGCAAGCACUUCUUCUGCAGUUACUGUAUUGUAUGUACACUACAUUGAUUAGUUAGUAUACAAGAAAUACACAGACGUAUUUAUUGAGACAUUUAUGUUCUCAGUUCAAAAAUCAAGAGUUUCCUGUGUGUGUGUGUGUGUGUGUGUUUGGCGCCCCCUCCUGCUGGCGUCCCGCACUGCAGCCUUUGUUCGGACCGCCUUCCUGCUCAGUCCUCGCGACUCUUCCUGGUUCUUCUCAAGUGGAUGUUAACUGCCGCCGACUGCCAAGCGGUUUGUCAAACAAGUCCAAAGUUGUCCAGACACGGCAGGAGGAUGAUCCCAGCGGGGAGGAUACGGCAGCCGGGCGAAAUCGGUACACCGCGUAAAGCUCGUUUCACAAAAUGAUAAGCAGACGGUGUGUUUUUGGCGGCUACCAGACGGCAGCGGCAGGGACGCUGCUGUAACAGACGCUGCUAGCUGCUCUGCUAGCUGCUCUGCUAGCCAGUUAGCGCGCUAGCAGACGGUGAGCUCCCACUGUUAGAACCGAGUGUCGAGUUGGAAACGUUGACAAGCUCAAGUUUGACUGCAGAGGACUGAGACGACUCCCGAGUGUACCGAAGAGGACAACAUGGAGAAUAAGGACAAGGUCCAGAUGAGGAAUCACCCUCGCAGACAGCUGAAGAAGCUGAGUGAGGACAGUCUCACCAAGCAGCCAGAGGAAGUCUUUGAUGUCCUGGAGAAGCUGGGCGAGGGGUCGUAUGGCUGCGUGUUCAAAGCCCAUUACAAGGAGACCGGGGAGAUCGUAGCCAUUAAACAAGUUCCUGUGGAGUCUGAUCUUCAAGAGAUCAUCAAGGAGAUCUCCAUCAUGCAGCAGUGUAACAGUCCUCAUGUGGUGCGGUACUACGGCAGCUACUUCAAAAACACUGACCUGUGGAUCGUUAUGGAGUACUGCGGAGCCGGAUCGGUGUCCGAUAUCAUCCGAAUACGCAACAAGACGCUAACGGAAGACGAGAUCGCCACCAUUGUGCAGUCCACUCUGAAGGGUCUGGAGUAUCUUCACUUCAUGAGAAAAAUCCACAGAGACAUCAAAGCGGGAAACAUCCUGCUGAACACUGAGGGUCAGGCCAAACUGGCCGACUUCGGGGUCGCCGGGCAGCUCACAGACACCAUGGCGAAGCGAAACACGGUCAUCGGCACGCCGUUCUGGAUGGCCCCCGAGGUCAUCCAGGAGAUCGGCUACAACUGCGUGGCUGACAUCUGGUCUCUGGGGAUAACGGCGAUCGAGAUGGCCGAGGGGAAGCCUCCCUACGCCGACAUUCAUCCCAUGAGGGCCAUCUUCAUGAUUCCCACCAACCCUCCCCCAACGUUCAGGAACCCUGAUCUGUGGUCUCAGUCCUUUCGGGACUUUGUCAGCCAGUGUUUGGUGAAAAACCCAGAAAACAGAGCGACGGCCACACAGCUGUUACAGCAUCCGUUCAUCAAGUCAUCCAAGCCGAACUCCGUCCUCAGAGCCCUGAUCACAGACGCCAUGGAGAUCAAACUGAAGAGGCAGGAGGAGGCGGAGCAGAGGGAGCAGGACGCCGAGGACGACGACAAUUCGGAUGACGAUGAGGUGGACCAGGGGACGAUGGUGCGGGCAGGAACAGGCGACUCGGGAACCAUCCGGGCCGCGGGAUCACUCGGCGGCACGGCGCGGACCAUGAUCGAGCACGACGACACGGGAACCAUGCAGUCACAGCUGGGCACCAUGGUCAUCAACUCCGACGAUGAGGAUGAGGAGGAAGCUGGCACCAUGAAAAGGAGAGACGAGACGAUGCAGCCAGCCAAGCCGUCCUUCCUGGAGUACUUUGAGCAGAAAGAGAAGGAGGCCAACAGUCACAAUGAUGGAGGAGGACGAGGAGAAAACAACGCAGACAACCGCAAACUGCUCGCUGAUGGAGAUCUGCAGGUGAGCACGUGGUCGGUGGAGGAGCUGCGCCUGCGUCUGGCCUCCCUGGACCCUCAGAUGGAGCAGGAGAUCGAGGAGAUCCGUCAGCGCUACCAGGCCAAGAGGCAGCCCAUCCUGGACGCCAUCGAGGCCAAGAAACGACGGCAGCAGAACUUCUGAGAAGGACCUGAGCUCCCCGCGGCCACAGCUGGAUGUUCUAUCAGUUCGCCGCUCGCAGCUGCUGAGGUCCGUCCAGAAUAAUGAACGCCGUCACAGUCGGAUGUGACGUCGGGACCUGGAAAAACUGUGAGGACUUCAGAUGAGCCUCACUCGAUGUCAACCUGCUGAGGAAGAACAGAGCUGUUUAUUUUUGUGUCGCCUUUAUUUUGCCUUCCUGAGAUAACCUCAAGUCGUUUCUGGAGUUUCUUUGUUUGUUUUUUAAGCCACACUGAUGAUUGGCUGAAAGGCCCUCAGGUGCCUUCAGCUUUUGUUAUUUUUCUUAAUCCUGUGGUACAACAGCGUCUUAACUGCUGACUGUUCAGCGUAGGUACUCGUCAGUCAACUCCUCAAGCGUUUCCUGUCCUCGAUGGUAAAUGCUGAAGCUGCUGGGCUUUUCAGUUGUCCUGCUCGCGGUCCUCUUCCCUUCCCUGGUCCUGAACGCGGUUUCAGGACGCGACCUCUUUUGUUCCGAUAUGUGGGUCAGUUUAAAGCUGCGUGCUGUGAAAACACAGAUCCAAGUCUGAAGAGCACAUGUGAACGAAGCCUGUGUUUCCUGUCAACACGAUGACCUCUUCAUCGGUUAGCAGGAACAUCCAGAAGGUUCCUCGUUUAAAAACGUAAGGUAACAAACUCUCUAAUCUGGUACAUGUUGUCACAGUUCAUCACGUUUGAGUGUUGGAUAAGAAAAUCAAAUCAGUAUGUCGGACCAAACUCAACAAAAUUUUUAUUCGAGUGAUUUUCUCGUCGACAUUUGAGCCUGCAGCUUUAAAUGUUCCUCACCGUGAAGUUUGGUUUGAUGUUUGUUAAAGUCGGGCAGCUCAUUCACUUCGUCUUGAUGGAUGUGACUGCAGCGUUGACGUCCUCCCUUCGUAACAGGCAAACGUUCAUAUUUAGAGUUUAAAAUGAGCCCUGUUUCAGAUGAACGAGACAGAAAGACAUUUGAAGUGUUUAUUGUUGUGCACCUUUUGUUAAUAAGUCAAACUUUUCCUGUGAAAGCGGGUUUUAUGUUACAGCUGUUAGCAUUCGUUCUGUUAGCCUCGCAGCUAACCCACACACACAUCGACGUCUCUUAGAAACUCUCAGACAUUCAGGAGUUCAUUUGUUGUUCCUCUAAUUGUUAUUUUUAAAUCACUGAUGACUCCCACCUCAGCUCUGGUAUUGAUUACUCUGUGGUUGAUUGAUCUUGAACUGUAAAUUUCCGAUAGGUGAAAGUUAAUGAAGCACAAAGUUUUAAUGAGAACAUUUGGACUCCCCUCGUCGCGAUUCGUUUGGGUUUUUGUUUGAGCGUCCAGCAUCUUUUUCUUCUUCUUCCAAACCCGACGAGCUGAGUGGACCCGCUGAUGAGGAGGAUCCAACUCAGCUUUCGUUUCCUGAUUUAUUAGUUUGAUGUGGUUCAGCGGACCAAACCAGUUCUCACCCUGAAAGACCAACUUCUAACAUUCCUCGCCGCGGCUCGGCCACGCGGUCGCCGACACAUCCAGCACAAACCACGAGGGAGGAUUUCUAUUUUUAUAUGACAGUUUUAAGUGACGGUUUACUUUGGAUCGCAGGGUCCGAAUGGAAACCAGCUUCUCAGGUCCUAAAGCUCCUCAGGGGUGUAAAGUAACGACAGCAGGCGACUGGAGAUAGUUUGGGCGUCUGAGCACCGCUGAGGAUUUCUGUAUAUUGUGAUGAAUCCGAUGAGCCGGCGGGUUCAGAAACUUGUCGUUAAGUUAUUACUCUGAAUAUGAAACUGCUGUCAGCAGAGGUCAGAGCCGGUCGGGUGUUCCUGAGCAGAAACCGAACGUGUGCACGACUCGGAUUUCGUUUCCAGUGUUUCUGUUGUGUUACAAGCAAAGCAAAAGGGAUUUUAAUCUGAUUCUUCUUGCCUUUUUAUUUUGGAUUUGCUGCAGCGAUCUGAUGUGAUGUUCUGCUGGAUGAGAAAAGGGAAAUAACGCAGCUCGACUGUUGGAAACUCGAGCUCUUUGGUGCUGACGGUGAAGUUACGGUUGGAGGUCGGAAGUCGUAAUCACUGGAGACGUUUGUGCACGCAAACUGAACAGUUUUAGAGUCAGUUUUAACACAAACCACUUUUAAAUGUCUGAGCUUUUAGCACAAACUGGAGAACAGUUUGCCAGAACAAACAGAAGACAUUAAACUGUGCUGCAAGCUUCCGGGGGCCUCGUUACAGAAACUGCUGUCCCAUCGUCAUCGCUGCCCCCCCCUCUGUCUGUGUGUGUACUGUGUGGGAGACCGCCUGUAUCCAUGACAACGGCUGUCUCUCCUCACGUGUUAGCUAAUGGAGUCGGUGGAGGUGAAGCUAACAGGCUAACGUCACCGCUGGCCUCUCCAACUGUUACGGUUUCCUUUGAACUUCCUCGUGACGAAGACUCAGUUAGGUGAGCAAACGUCUUCCCAAAGCGAGACGGGAGGAUGUCGGGAUGUUUCGUGACGAGGCCCCUGGGUUUUAGUUUGUUCUUCUGAAAGGGUUGUUCCUGAACAGGACGUUUCAGUCACACAAACGCCUCACGCCUCCGAUCUGCUGAAAGAAUAAAAUUAGUCUUAAGUCCUGCUGAAACGUUCGGAGGAUGCGAGCGGAUUCGUCGUCGUUCAGGCUGCUCACGUGAUUUAAUUUAUUUCACAGCUCAGAGACCUUUGACCUUUGUUUCAGGUGUUUUAUCACUGGUCGUGUUUUAGCUGCGCUCACAGUGUUCGUGUUUCUCAGACGUUUGUUUUGUCUGCUGUUCACUGGACUUCCUGUUUUGUUCACUUUUUGCCUUAAAAUAUGCAGUGGACGUCGUGCAGACGUUUUUAUCGCCGAUCUUUGGUUUACUGUGUGUUCUAUUUGUUUUUGUUUGUGUAAUAAAUAAAUACAUGAAAAGCAAAAGUUCACUUUCUGUUUCUACACUUUAACAAUAGAAACGUUCAGGACUUUUCCGGAGCAGGUGAAUGUGGAAACGGCCUGAUGGCGUCAGUGAAGCUCAGACGUUCAGCCGAAGGACAAACACAUUUCAGGUUUGACUGUGCGAGACUUUAAAGUACUUCAAAUGUACUCAAGUAGCCCACAAGUACUUCGUUAAAAGUACGACCAUCCACAGCGGGAUCAGGCCGACAGACAGCCAAGCCAAAAGCAAAAAUAAACGAAGUGAUAAAAGUCUGGUGAAGGCGAAACGCGACGAAACACCCAAAGCAGCUGACACAGGAAGUGGAUUUCUGUGGAGAGAAAGAAGCGGAGAAGGUGCAGCUUGUGUUUCUGUGUUUUUGAAACGAGUCUUCCUCUUCGGCCUUCGUCAGGAUCGACUGGAGGUCACAGCGGCUGAACUCGUCCCAUCGCAUCCGUCAGACACACUCGAACUUCUGCUCGUUUUCCACCGCGUCCAGACUUCAGGUAACCAAAAUAGAAGAGAUGAAUUUUUAAUCAGCUGGCCACGAAUCUGAUCUGGGGUCUGCUGUUUCUCUCAAUCCAAAAUAAAGACGUGUGUGUGUGUGUGUGUGUGUGUGUGUGUGUGUUCCUGGUAAUAGUUUCAGUGUUUUUAUUUAAAGUGUCCAUGACGUUACUGGAGGACGUGUUCGUAUUUGAGGACAGAAGGACGUUGAGGCCUCGUCGAGGUGCUUCAGCCGCCUCACAGCCUGUCAGAAGGUUUUCACCUGAACACUCAAGGUGACGUUAAGACGCAGACAAACUGUACGAAGGGACCUACAGGAAGAACACACUCGUUUUCACUGCCCCUUCAGAGUAAGUUGCCUUCGUCAUCGGUCUGUUAACACCUGAGCCUCAGGUGGCGCGCGCGCACACACACACACACCUGGCAGCUCACAGCUGAAUUUGACCUCUUAAACAUGAACGGAAAACCAAACAGGAAGUUAAAUCAGGUGUGUGAUGGUUGUUAUGAUCAGCUGGAGGUAAAGACGGCUGAUGUUGCGUUUUAAGAUGAACGUUGCGUGUUUUUGUUUACGUCUUUCCUCUCACCUGCGGUGCCGUUUGUCCAUCCACAGGGUUUGGUUUUGGAGGUUAUCGGCUGUAAACGUCUGCCUUCUCUGGAGGUGGACGAAACUUCACCUGUGAUGCUCAAAGAGCCUUAAAACACACCUGAUAACCUGAGAAGUGGAUCCACAGAGCUGCUUGUGAGGAGGUUCAUGCAGGAACUAUUUUCUUUCUGUAUCACGACGCAGAUGGAAACAUGCUCACCGUCUCUUUAUGUUUUAACAGUUAACAUUUAUUUAUUUCUCUGUCAACAUGCAUUAAUGGAAACUCUGGAAUUUUCUUCAGACAAAAUGAAACCUUUCUUUCCCCACAGCCUGCAGGUCUCACACACUUUGUCUCCUCGUGAUGAAGACACAAGUACUGAAGUGUUUCGGGCGGAGGAACAUCAGAAACUUUAUUGUGCCGAGUUUCUUGUUUUUCACCUUUUGUGAGCUGCUUUCACUUCCGGCUCGUCCUGAUGGAGCCUCAGGCUGCGUUAACUUCAUCUUUAAUGCCCUCAGACAGGAAGCGAACCUGCAUCCGUCCAUCCAUCCGUCCAUUAUGUGAAACACAAGCUGCAGAAAACGUCUUAAUGUCGUUUGUCUUGUGGAGACGCUCACGAAGUUUCCCUCCUGCUUGUCCUUCAGACCAAGCAGGAAGGUUUUGGCGCUUUUCUGCACAGCUGAUGAUGAAGAGUCAUGUUUCCUCUUCGUCUCAGUACAGGUGAUCAGACCCCUGAGACUCGCCAUCUAAACCCCGUGUAGAACGAGUCCCACUGCUCAGGUUUCUUCUGAACCGAAGCACCGUAACGUUAAUAACCUCAUGUGAUAAACUUCAUGUGGUUUAACUCACUGGGGUCUUUUUCCUACUGCGGCUUUUCCUCGCGAUACUUCAGGUACCUGUUAGUGUUAACAAUUUGUACUUUGUAGAAGUAAAAAAGUACGUGCGGUACUUUUACAUGUAAUGAAGUCUUUUUCCAGUGUUUUAUUAGUACUUUUACUCAAGUAAAAGUUGUGACUGCGUGGAUCAUAAAUAAACGCCGGGCAGAAUGUUUACAGUAUAUUGUUGUUUCAGAUUGUUUUGUCUGUAGCCGUGAAGGUGACCUGAUCAGAGACAAAGAGGAGACAAGAGGAGGAGAAGCUGUGAGCAGAUGACAGUGAAGUGAAAGACGUGACACGUGUUGUGGUCUCGCGGAUGAUCUCGUCUGACACUUUGACAGCCGUGAUCCAUCGCGCGGUAAACUCGGAGGACGUUUCCCACGAGCUCGACGACAGGAAGCCUCUGACGCUGCAGGUGCUGUAGUUAGCUAACAGCACAGCUCUGUGGACAGCAAAGUCCGUCCAUCCGUCCAUCCGUCCACCUCUUCAGUCCGGACUGAAAUAUCUCACCAACUACUGGAAGGCUCACGUGAUACUUAAUGUUCCCCUCAGGACGAAUCCUGAUUCCCAUCAGCCUCAGCGGUUAGCAUGCUGCUAAUAAGCAUCUACACAGUAAACUGAUGAGCAUUUAGCUCCUCGCUGGACCUUCAGUGUUGCGGGACUUCAAAUCAUGUACUUUUACUUUUUAAAAAAACACACGAGUCACACAAAAGUCCAGACUGGAAAGACCUGUAAUCUGUCUGUCCAGAGGACAGUGAAGAGGACCGCUGCAGUAUGAAG